AUGUUGCAGAUUGCACAAGACACCGGAGAAGGAGUCGCCAUAAUGGCUGCACGCAAAGAAAAGAAAGGCAAGGCUCAUGCCGUCAACGUCCUUUCGGGCCGACUGGCUUCACCACACGGCGCCCCAGACCUCCGUGCCUUUCAACAGGCCCUUCGCGCAAAGAUCCAGCCCGAGGAAUUGCUCAACGCCCUUGCCCCUGGUGGCGAGUGGUGGCAACGCCACUCAGUCCCCGCUCAAACUCACCAUCUGCGUGAUGCUGGUGCUUGGUUGCAAGCUCAUUGGCAAGCUGCCCCCUUUGAUCUGGCUGAGCAACUUUUGACCGUGCUGGGUGAAGGCCGACGCCAGCGUCUUCACCUCAUUCUUGACGCCGAGAGCUGUGGUGCCCCGCUCAAAGACACCGCUCUUUGCCUCCACAUUCAGGAGGCGGCCCACACAUAUCGCCUUCGCGUGCGCGUGACCUUUGUUGGUGAGCCAUCGCCCACCUCAAAGGCCUGUCUAGAACAACUCGCCACCUUGGUCACACUCCGCGUCGAUCAGGUGGCCCCGGUGCGCCACGGGUCCCGCUCCAGGACACGUACUCGUCCGUCCAGUGCCAAUGCCAAUGCCUCUUCUGCCCAUUUGCCCGGCGGACCGCACACCAUUGCGCGGCCUCAAUCAGCGUAUCGUGGUAUGAACCGAUCAGCCUCAGCCCACCAAGCUUCAACACCGCCUCGACCACAAAGCGCCACCCGUGGUAAAGACCAGGGUCCUAUGACUGGGGCCACCUGGCGCAAGCUUUCUGUUCGCAUCGCCAGUCUUGAUCGGGAACUUCUGCCCACCGUCAAGACUAAACGCUGGCUGCGCCAGCGCUCGCUCAAAGCCUUGGGUUUGACACUCUUUCAAGUUGCCACCUGUGAUUGCGUUUUCCGCGGCUUUGCCAUGGAUGGAUCCACCCUUGCCCUUGAACAUGCGCAACGAUACAUCAAAGUUAGAAGCGGUGACGAAGUCGUCUAUGUCGAACCCCAUUCCAUCAAUAUCCGCGCCUACCGAGCUUGUCUACGCCGCCUCUAUCAAGUCUACCUGGCUCGCCUCGAAGCCGUAGCCAUGGCGUUUGCCUCAAAUGCUGAGCGCCAGGCACGUUUGCUGGAUCUGGCCCGCGCUAUGAACGAGCCGGAUAUGGCACUCAUGCUUGCCGAGCUGGAGCAAGUCAAAAGCAUCGAGGAUCAAUUGUCGCGCCUCUAUACAGGCAACUCAGCCCGUCCCACCGAGGCUGUGAGUGGCAUGUCCUCCGUGGCCAGCUCAGCCUCGGACGCAGACGAUCUGGACACUGAGGGACACACACCCUCGAUGGUCGAUCCACGUCACGAAGAUUGGCAGCUCUCCAGCAGUCUUGUUCAUGCCGUCAACCUCAGAGCUCAUGAGCCGAGCUUGGUUGUGUCUCAGUAUUCGGAUGAACAUCUCCACGUGACCGGCACUCACUUUGAAGCCGAGCAAGCCGUUAUAGCUGAGCAUCCGCUCACUGGUCGGCUCUUGUCUGCCGUGGUGGACAACGGCCCGCCCAAGAGUGCAAACACGGGAACGGCAAUCUCUGUUGCGCUUAUUUUUGACGGCGACCAUCACGUGUACCAAGUGUCACCAGCCAAGGUGGUGGUGGCCAUGGUUGCUCGAUCUCUCUCCAUCAACGAUGCUUGCCUCAUCCCUCGCCCUGACACGGCCCACGAAUACCUCUUGGCCCGGGUUCUGGAAAUUCAUGAGGCGGGGCUCAACAACACUCAAAUCGGCUGCCAAGCGAUGGACGGCCAUAUUUACUGGCAUCCACUUGAUGAAGUGGCUCCCAUGACAGCAGAACAACACGAUGCCCUGUUACACAGUCUCCAAGCACGCGUCCAGGCUCGGCUCGAAGGACUUCUGACGCAAGCACAGCAAGACUCGGCAUGGGAAGCCGGCCAGCACACUGAUACGGAACCAGAUUGCACAUUGCCGCUUCGUUUGCCUCCCCACGAGUCCCCCACCACCCCUAUCCUCAACGCAAACGUGCAGCGAGAGCUACGGACGCGCUCCACAAGCAUGGGCAAAGACGCCACUUUGGACACGGAUGGAGACAUCGGCUCAAACGGUUUCCUGGAUCGCUCUAUUGUGGCUACCACGCAAACUUCCAAUGCUUGGCUGGACAAUUCGACGCAAACUGAACGCGAUCCAUUUGACUCUAGCUCUGCUGUGCCGAUUGGAGCAAGCUCAAAAACAGACGCAGCCAUUUCAGCGGGAACGCUGGCCUGGUCAGAGCCCGGACCUCGGUCCUUUAUCAACACUGAGCUUGAGGCAACACACACGGGCUUUGAAGCGACAAACCCCUCGCCCCAUGGUGCGGCACCAACCCUCAGUCCUCAACCAUCAGAGCUACUUUCCCCUGGGCUGGCCUCGCAGUCUAUUCAGCACACCCAUGUCGCCCGUGCUUGGCAAGUGCAGCCCACAGUGCAGUCUUCUACUCGUUCUGAGCGCGAGAGCACGCAACAACGCACGCUUGGCAUUUUGUUGCCGCCCGUUCUCGAAAAUGGUGUCGAGGGCGAGGUGCUUGCCGAGGCUGAGCAAGCAGGCCUCAACAUUGUCUAUGUCCAGCGCGUCUGUGUUUCCCGCUCGCAAGUGGAAGCCCUCUAUAUGGAUUUGCACGAUGCGACAACGCGGCAGCACCUGACCGAAGUUUUUCAUGGAGGCGCUGCGCUUGUGGUCGUGCUCGAGGGGCCUGGCGCCAUUCCCACCUGGCGCCAACUUUGUGGAUUGGGGGAUGGGCUCGAAGACGCACACACGCUGCUAUAUGCAGCCCCCUCGCGGCUGCACUAUCAACAUGCGUUGGACACCCUUUUGGGCUUUGAAUAUCAACCCUUUGGUGCCGCUGGUCCACGAGAAUGGAGGGUUGUCCAUGCCACGGUGCAGGACGUGCAACACUUGGCCAUGUCUGAACCCUAUCUGGGCCAAGACGUCUUCUACCGCCACAGCCUCGAUGGUCUUUUCCAUCGAGCCGUCUUAUCGAGCUACCUUGGCUCGGGUGUGUUUGUGGGUCACGCACCCGCUCAAUACGGCUCUACGCGCCAAAUCUUAUUGGCCAAUGAGACCUUCUUCCUCUGCAGUGCCAUGGAGCAACGCCCGUGCAGAACCGGUGACAAGGUUCUGGCCACUCACCCCAUGAUCAGCGAUACUUGGAUACCAGCCCGCGUGGAAGCUGAUGUCGACGCAGCAGGCACACUUUUGGUGAUCUACCCAGAUGAGACGGCUUCGUACCUGCGAGACGUAGAGGCCCGGGUUCUCCCCAACCAAGACGAGGCUAUGUUUGCAGAGUUGUGGAAAACGGCUAUGCAGGCUCGACUGCGCUACUGCGCUCGGGACGUGGUGUGCCUUGAUCCACACUCGGGAUACUUUUAUCCUGCGAUCGUGACGGCUACCGACGACUUGUUUGAAUUUGCUGUCGCCCUGGCUGGCACGGUUCCAAACCAGACCACAUCUGCUAGCCAUAUCCUGGUGCGGGCUGCGGAUGCUGUCUUGCGAGAGGGUGAUUGCGUGGCGGCCCCUGUCGCCGACAAGGAUGGAGAGCUAGAGGACGCGUCGCAAGAUGCGUCUGCCACCGAUGUGCUAGCACCUGCCAAGGUACGUUGUUGGCACAACCUUGUUGUUCGGCAGCGUGAAUUCCCAGGCUCAUGGUAUGAUGGUGGGAUACUGACAUAG